AUGGAUCAAAACCAAUUUAAUGAAUUAGCUCUAGCACUUGAUCUCCUUGACAAGCCUUUUCUAUGGGUUGUUCGUCCUAGUAAUGACAACAAGGUAAACUAUACAUACCCUAAUGAUUUUCAUGGAAGUAAAGGUAAAAUUGUUGGUUGGGCACCACAAAGAAAAACUUUGAACCAUUCAUCCAUUGCUUGUUUUAUAAGUCAUUGUGGUUGGAAUUCUACCAUUGAAGGGGUACAUGCUGGUGUACCUUUUUUAUGUUGGCCAUUUUUUACUGAUCAGUUUCUUAAUAAGUCUUAUAUUUGUGAUGUGUGGAAGAUUGGACUUGAAUUAGAGAAGGAUGAUAAGGGUUUUAUAUCAAGGCAAGAGAUAAGUAAGAAGGUGGAUCAAGUAGUUGGUGAUGAUGAUAUAAAAGAAAUGUGUUUGAAAAUUCAAAAAAUGACAAUUAAUAGUAUAAUUGAAGGUGGCCAAUCAUCAAAUAAUCUUCAAAAGUUUAUUAGUUGGGUAAAUAAUUAA